AACGGUCGCGAAGUUGCAGAGAAAAGAAUUUUGUCAAUUUCCCAAAUAUUCGCGCGGAAAGAUUGACCGUUGAUUUGCUAGACGCCGGCGGGAGAAGUAGAACACGCCAACGCCAUGUCGACGUUCGCCGGAGCUCCUCCUCCGUUCGACGACGGCACCGCCGGCUACGAUCCUCGCCUCUCUUCUCAGCGAUUCGAAUCGUUUUCCAACUUCGAAGCUGAGUCCAUCGCGGACUCCGCCGGCGACUCGUCCCCUAUCUUCGGCCACCGGUCGGAUAAUCAGGGCGACGACCUGCUCUCUUCUCAUCAGGUUCCGGAAACUCCAUCUCCGCCGUCGAAUUUCUCGCCAAGCGGAGGAUUCUCUGCUUUCUCGCCGGAACAGAACGGGAAGGGCUUUGAUGGAGGUUUUGAGGAGUCGGAGGGCCCGAUCCUGUCAUCUCCGGCGGAGAUGGAGCCGGAGGAGGGAUUUCCUUUGAGAGAGUGGCGCAGAUUGAAUGCGAUUCGACUGGAAGAGAAGGAGAAGAGGGAGAAGGAGCUGUUGCAGGAGAUAAUCGAUGAAGCCGAUCAGUACAAAAUUGACUUCUACAGGAGACGCAAGCUUGCUCUUGAUAACAAUAAAGCUUCAAAUAGGGACAAGGAGAAGCAAUAUCUAGCAAACCGAGAGAAGUUCCACGCUGAAGCUGAUAAGAACUAUUGGAAGGCAAUUGCAGAACUGAUCCCCAAUGAGGUUCCAACUAUAGAACAGAAGGGGAAGAAAGACAAGGAGAAGAAGCCUGCCAUUGUUGUUAUUCAAGGUCCCAAGCCCGGGAAGCCGACCGAUCUUUCGAGAAUGCGUCAAAUACAUUUGAAGCUCAAACGCAAUACCCCUCUUCACAUGAGGCCCAAGCCACCACCAUCAUCAGAAUCUAAAACAGAUCCUAAAAGGGAUUCUUCUUCUGCUGCUGCUGCUGCUGGCGCAUCUUCGACUACUGGUUCGGGUUCUUCGAGUUCUGCUACUCCAAAGGCUGCUGCUGUUGCAACUUCUGCUGGUUGAGAUCUCUCGGUAUAUAUAUUUUACUCCCUCUUAUGUGUGUUCUAAAACAAAUUAGCCAUCCCAUGGAUCAGGAUGUGUCUAAUGAUAGUCAGUUAUAGCAAAUAAAUCACUCUGAGAAAUCUUGAAAUCUUUCUGGUUAGAGCCCAAAAGGCUACAAAAAUCCUAAUCCGGGCCCCAUUUUGGUGGAUCAUUGUAUAUGGAUGGUUGUCACUGCUUGAGUUUUUCUUUUGUUUUGUGAAUAUUUAUGCUGUGUUUUUUCUAUGCCAUUCAACCGAUGGAGUAGAAUUAGUACAUUUGUGCAUAUUGUAGAACUUGGAAGUUUGGAAGGUUGAUGAGAUGAAGGCCAGACAUUUGGCAUGAAUGAUAAAAAUUUAGGUUAAAAAAUA